AUGGCUCUGUCCCUGGCCGGCGAGUCGGUCCCCGGAGACGGCGGAGAGUCGUUCGGGAUAAGCCCCGCCGGCAUCGCCUCCUACUACCCCUCUUUUCUCCCACCCGCCCAUUACUUCGAGACGGCCCCCGACUUCUCCCAGCCCCUGAAACCCCUGGGCGAGCUGGUUUCCUCCCCUCCGCCUCUGCCUCCCUUCACCUUCAGCAGGGUCCCAGCUUUUCUGAGCCAACCGCCCCCUCCGGGGGCGCCGGGGUCGCUCUCGCCGCCGUACCCGAGCCCCCCGCGCAGGGCUGCCCGCAGCCCGGGGGCAGACGGGGCGGCGGGGCAGAGCUGCAGGUACCACUUCACCGAGGAGGAGCUCAACGCGGUGCUCUACGGGGCACUCCGGAGCAGCCAGCCCUCCGGGAAUCUCCACGCCAUCUCGGGGCUCCGGCUGUCCCCCGCUGGCUCGGGUAAGGGGCCGGGGGGUGAUUCGGGCUGCGGCCUUUGUCGGGGCGGUAGGACCCGCUCCUGCGGGGCCGGUGCCGUGCUGAAGAAGAGGUUCCGCUUUUGCAGGCGCUGCGGACUCGGCCGCCCCGCUGCUCGACCGGGACUCGCUGCAGCUGCCCGAAGGUAGGUAGGUGUCCCGGAGCGCCCGCCGCUCGUCCGCCGGCCCGCGCUCAGCCCCCUGUCCCCCGCAGGGCUCUCGGUGCUGCGGGUGGCCUGCGGGGACGUGUCUCAGCUCGGAGUCUUCUGUACGGACCCCAUCCCGAAAGGAGUCCGCUUCGGCCCUUUCCAAGGCAAAGUGGUCAACACGAGCGAGAUCAAGACUUACGACGACAACUCGCUGAUGUGGGAGAUCUUUGAAUACGGUGGCCUGAGCCACUUUAUCGACGGGAAGGGUGCCGCUGGCAACUGGAUGUCCCUGGUGAACUGUGCCAGGUUCCCCGAGGAGCAGAAUUUGACGGCUAUCCAGUGCCAGGGACAAAUCUUCUACGAGACCUGCAAGGAAAUCUUCCCGAACCAGGAGCUGCUGGUGUGGUACGGCGAUUGCUACGUGCAAUUCCUGGGCAUCCCCAUCAGCUUGAAGGGCAUGGCGGAGGGGAAGAAACCCCCGCAGCACCCCGAAGAAGCCGGGGAGAGCUUCAAGUGCGAGCGCUGCGGCAAAGUGUUUGCCUACAAGUACUACCGGGACAAACACCUCAAGUACACCCGCUGCGUGGACCAGGGGGACCGCAAAUUUCCUUGUCACCUUUGUGACCGAUCCUUUGAGAAAAGAGACAGGCUGAGGAUCCAUAUUCUCCACGUUCACGAAAAGCACAGACCUCACAAGUGCUCUGUGUGUGGGAAGAGCUUUUCUCAAUCCUCCAGCCUGAACAAACACAUGAGGGUUCACUCUGGGGAGCGCCCCUACAAAUGUGUCUACUGCAACAAGGCGUUCACAGCGUCCAGCAUCCUGCGCACUCACAUCCGCCAGCACUCGGGGGAGAAGCCCUUCAAGUGCAAGCACUGCGGCAAAGCCUUCGCCUCGCACGCCGCCCACGACAGCCACGUGCGGCGCACGCACAGCAAGGACAAGGGCUGCACCUGCUCCGUGUGCGGCCAGCACUUCCCCCAGCAGGAGGAUUACAGCUUCCACCUGAAGAUCCAUGCUGCUCAUUAG